UAUUCCGGUUUUUUAAAACGUAUAAAUAUAACCUGACAAAAAGAAUCAAAAAUUUUUAUUUUAAUAAAAAAAAAUAUUCUCCCUCUCAAACAAAAAAAAAAGAAUUUUCGAUCAAUUUAAAAUAUAUAUAUAUAUAUUAUAAAAUAUGUCUUACACAUCGAUAUCACAUUCAUCACAACCGAUCCCAAAAAAUUCCCAUAUAGGAAUAAUAGGUGCCGGUCCCGCUGGCAUAUCAAUCGCUCAUUUCUUAAGAAAAGAAGGUUAUAAUAAUUUAACUUUAUUAGAAUCUUCUUCUCAUAUAGCAGGAAAAUCUGCUACUUUCUUUCAUGAAAAUCGAGGUUACGACGUAGGAGCUUUGAUGGUCGGUCAUAAUUACACAAACGUUAAAUCUCUCGCUUCUGAACUUGAUUGUCCUCUUGAAACAUUUACUGGUCGUUCAUUAGAUAUUGAAAAUAAUAAUAUAUUAGUUAAUGAUACAAAUAAAAUUGGAAUUUAUUCUAAAUUACUUCCAAAUAUAAGUCAUUAUUUAGAGGAAAAACAAUCUUUUUUGGAUAUUUCUUGUCCUGGUCAUGGUCAAUUAAGUGAACGUGAAUUAUAUGCUCCUAUUACUCAAUUUUUAAAAGAUCGUAAUAUGUCCUAUUUAAAAGAUGCUUGGAGUUUGGCUUAUACUAGUGCUGGUUAUGGUUAUAUCCAGGAUGAUAUACCCGCUGCUUAUUUCCUCAAAUUCAUCGAAAAUUCCGAAAACACCAUUUCAUAUUUUAAAAACGGUUUCCAAGAUUUUUGGUCAAAAAUGUCCAAAAACCUCAAUGUAAUUUACAAUUCCAAAGUAAUUUCCAUUGAUCGUUCCCUAAAACAAAAAAAUUUAGGUCCUAUCCUCGUUACCACAAAAAACGCCCUCAAUAAUUUUGAACAAACAUUAGCUUUUGAUAACAUAAUAAUUGCCACAAACCCUCGGCAAACUGAACAAUUCAUUACUACCCCAUCACCUUUGGAAUCCCAUCUUUUCUCUCAAGUUGUUACUUUUGAUUUUUAUACCAUUAUUGCAACGGUAAAAAAUUUAUCAACAAAAGUUGGAAUGACAACAAUACCGAAAUAUUGUUCUGAUAAACGUUAUGUUGGUCACACGACUGCCUAUUAUUGUGCUCAUGAAGGUGUUCCAACUUAUAUAUUUUACGCUUAUGGAAAUAAAGAUAUUGGUCCUGAACAAGUUACUGAAUUAUUAAAACAAGAUAUAAUAUCUAUGGGCGGUGAAUUAGAAGAAAUUCAUUAUAAUCAACGUUGGGAUUUUUUCCCUCAUGUUUCAUCUUUAAGCAUGGCUAGAGGUUUUUAUAGUAAAGUUGAAAAUGUUCAAGGAGAACAAGGAACUUUUUAUGUUGGAGGCUGGUUAGAUUUCGAACUUACUGAAAAUUGUAUUUCAUACUCACGUGACUUGGUCCGACGUUUCUUUAAUUUAUCAGGAAAAAAUGAAAAAUCAUUACAUUUACCUGUUCUACCUCAUAUUGAUAUUAAACCCGCUUCAAAUCUUAAUUGGGGUAUGCUUUUACGAUUAGCAGCAAAAAGAUAUCCUGAUAAAGUAGCCUUCACUUGGGUAGAUGUUAAUUUACGUGAAGAAGCAAAAAUUACUUAUUCUGAAUUAUAUAAACAAGCAAGAUGUGUUGCUUAUUAUUUAAGAAAUAACGCAGGUCAUAAAGUUGGUGAUCCUAUUUUACUCUGUUAUGCUCCAGGUCUUAAAUUUUUACCUAUAUUAUUUGGAUGUAUGUUGGCAGGAAUUAUUGCUGUUCCUAUAGCUCCACCAAAUCUUGCUACAGCUGAUAAAGAUAUUGCAAGAUUUAAAUAUUUGGCACAAACAACUGGUGCUAAAUUAGUAUUUUCCGAUAAAAAUUAUAUGCUCUACACAAAAUUAUAUGCUGCUAAAAGUUAUUUCGGUUUUGGAAAAAAAAUUGAAUGGCCUGAAGAUUUAAUUUGGGUAGAAGGGGAAAAUAUUAUUUCAUCACAUGAUCUAUUCGAUGAAAAAUUAAUUGAUGAAAUUGAUAGUGAUAAUGUUGCAGUUUUACAAUUUUCUUCCGGAAGUACUGGUGAUCCUAAAGGUGUUAUGUUAACUCAUAAAAAUUUAUUACAUAACGUUGACCUUAUGCAAACUGAAAUAGAUCUUGGACCUGAUGAUACUAUAGCUUUUUGGGUACCACAAUUUCAUGAUUUAGGUUUAAUUGGAGGUUUCUUAAAUACAAUACGUGGAGGUUGUAAAUCUGUUGUUAUGUCACCUUUAACAUUUUUACAAAAACCUGAAAGUUGGUUACAAAUGAUAACAAAUUAUCAAGCUACAUUUACUGCUGCACCAAAUUUUGCUUAUGAAUUAGCUGCAAGAAAAUGUGAUAAUAAUAGUAUAAAAAAUUUGAAUUUGAAUUCUAUAAGAGGUGCUUUUAAUGGUGCUGAACCUGUACGUUGGUCAACUUUAAAAUCUUUUGCUAAAAAAUUCGGUCCUGCAGGAUUUAAACUUUCAAUGUUUAAAUGUCUUUAUGGUUUAGCAGAACAUUGUGCUUAUUCUGUAGGAUUUAGAAAUCUUCAUGAUAUACCAACAGUUAUUGAUAUUGAUCCUAUCCCACUUCGUGAAGGUCGUGUUAAAGUACGAAAUAAUACAUUAACUAAUAGUAAUAAUGAUAAUUCUCCUGCAAAUAAUAUAGUUUCAACUGGUGUACCAAAUUUAAUGAUGCAAGUUGAAGUUAGAGUUGUAGAUCAAGAAACUAAAAAACUUUGUUCUCCAAAUACUAUUGGUGAAGUUUGGGUAUCAAGUCCAAGUGUAGGUAAAGGUUAUUAUGGUAAAGAAAAAAAUAGUGAAGAAACAUUUAGAGCAAAAUUGGAUAAUGAUGAUCAUGGUAAUUGGAUAACUGAUAAUGGUAGUUUCCUAAGAACCGGUGAUCUUGGAUUCUUAUAUAAUGGUGAAUUAUUCAUCACAGGACGUCAAAAAGAUGUUAUUAUUAUAAAUGGGAAAAAUCAUUAUCCUCAAGAUAUUGAACUAACAGUUCAAGAAUCUCAUAAUGCAAUUCGACCUGGAUGUAUUUGCGCAAUAAAUCAUACUGAUGUUGAAAAUGGUACAGAUUCACUUAUUGUCCUCGUAGAAAUUCGUCAACAAAAAGAUAUUAAACAAGAACUUUUACAAGAAAUUUGUGAUUGUAUCGCAAGAGUUGUACCAGGAAAUCAUGGUCUUUCAUGUCAACGUAUUGUUAUAUUAAAACAACAUAGUAUACCAAAAACAACAAGUGGAAAACUUCAACGUGCAAAAGCAAAAGAUUUAUUACUUAAUGGUUCAAUGGAUAAAAAGAUUAUAACCAGUGUAGGAGAAAUUGUACAAGAUCCCAUGAAUGUAGUCGAUAUUAAAGAAAAGAAACCUAAAAAGAAACCUUUAAUGACCUUAGAAACAAUUCAACAAAAAAUUGCCGUUAACGUACAUAAAGUCUCUAAAUUAGCCUCCAAAUUAUCAAUUGAUCAAAUUGAUUUUAAAGUAAAUUUAAUUACAACUUACGGUUUUGAUUCAUUAGCUGCCGUUCAAUUAACAGCCUGUCUUAAAGAUGAAUUUGGUAUUGAAAUAGCCCCUGCUCUUUUAUUAGACUUACCUACAAUAUCUGAUUUAGCCGGUCACAUAUUAAAACAAUUAUCAACAUUAAAUUCUGAAGUAUAUGAUGAGGGAGAAGAUGAGAAUCCUACUAUAUCAUUGGAAGACAUUCAAGAAAAUAUUACUAGUCAUCUGCUGUGCAGUUGACCGCUUCAAUGAAACAAAGUUUUGGUAUUGAAGUAGCUCCCGCAUUAUUAUAUGAUGUUCAUACCAUUGCAGAUUUAAGUAAUCAUGUUCAUAAAUUACUCGUUGAAGAAACAC